UGUAUGAGGCAGAAUAGAAGUCUGUUGAAACUUACAGACUGCUUUUAAGAGACGGACCCUUGUUGCUAGCAUUACAUGAUUUUCCCGCAUGGUUUAACGGGGGAAGGAUAUGCAGAAGGAGUCAGAUAUCUUCCGACACUUGAACAGAGCUUUGGCUGCAUCGCAGCGCAUACCAUAACACUGAGCUUUCGCAUAGCUGCGCUCAUACACAAACUUUCAACUGCUCAUCGACUGUUAUACAACAUUAUCAAUGGAUGCACGGACACUGUGGAAAUCGGAAACUGUAUCAGCUCAUUGAACUAUAUGAUAAAGCCCCGAUUCAAAACUUUAGACACACAAAAACCACUGCACUAAGCACGACAGAAAGAGUGUGGUGCACCAGCCGUCUCGGCUCUCCUCAGGACUAUUCACAGACUGAGUUUUCUUUAGCGACACGCUGGACUUGAGAGUUCACGCUCUCUCUCUCUCAGACUGUAGCAAUGGUCCAGAAAACAAGCAGCACUGAAAACCCCGAUGCGCUGUUUGCUGGGGACUCCUCCGAUUCCGGCGCGCUGGAUCUGGACAUGGCUUCCUCUCCGACCCCUGGUUUCACGGCAUCCGGGGGUGACAAGCUUGACCCCGGCUGGUGCAAAACCCCCAGCGGUCACAUCAAGAGACCAAUGAACGCAUUCAUGGUGUGGUCGCAAAUCGAAAGGCGCAAGAUAAUGGAGCAGUCGCCGGACAUGCACAACGCGGAGAUCUCCAAAAGACUUGGCAAGCGCUGGAAGCUCCUGAAAGACAGCGACAAGAUUCCCUUCAUCCGAGAGGCGGAGCGGCUCAGACUCAAGCACAUGGCAGACUACCCAGACUACAAGUACCGGCCGAGAAAAAAGGUAAAGUCAGGCGGCCCCAAACCGAGCGAGAAGGGAGAAAAGAUCAGUGGGAGCGGCAGCACGAGUGCCGGAUCGAAGCCGUCCUCCAAAAAGAAUGGGAGCCCCAGAUCAACCAGCAAGCCGCACAAAAUAGUUUUGGGUAGCGCGAAGGCGGCGUUUCCCGAACAGGGACCCGCGGAUCACCACUCUCUUUACAAAUCCAAGUCGGCGUCAGCUUCCAAGCAAAUUCCCGACAAGAAGGCAAAGCGGGUUUACGUUUUCGGGGGCGGCAGUGGCAUAAGCCCGUCUUCAGCAGCUGUGCCCGCCAGUCCUACCCUGAGCAGCGCUGCCGAGUCCAGCGACCCGCUGAGCCUGUACGACGACGGCGCGACGAGCGGGAAGGAGGGCGCUGAUUCCCCCAGCAGCUCGUCCUCGGACCGCCACAGGUACACCAGCAUGCGAGCGUCUUCACCCACUCCGUCCGCGUCACACUCGUCGUCCUCAUCCCAGUUCUCCUCUUCUUCCGACGAGGAACUCGACGACGACAUGCUGGACAUUAACCCGAGCCCGGGUUUUGAUAGCAUGUCCAUGGGAAGCAUCGGCUCCUCGGUGCUGGACAGAGACUUUGACAUGCAUUUUGAAUCCGGGGCUUCACAUUUCGAGUUCCCCGACUACUGCACCCCUGAGGUGAGCGAAAUGAUUUCAGGGGACUGGUUGGAGUCGACCAUUUCUAACUUGGUGUUCACGGCUCACGUUUUGAACUAGAGAAAGUUGAGGACAUACUUCUGAGAAAGAACACUGAACAAAAGGGAUAGCAGACAAGUGUGUUUGUAAAAUAAGCCACCAUGUGAGGGGUCCCGCGCGUGAGACAACGGCAAAGCGCUGAAAAACAAAAGCCACGAUGCUUUCGUGAAACGCUGGCAGGAUGGAAAAGUGCCGCUAAACAUUUUGUCGCGAGAGGGCCGAAGUUAUUUCCCCGUGCUCGGCACGAGACGAUAGGAGGAAAUUCACGAGGAGUGCUUGAGAAAACACGUUCUGAACUGGAAACCCAUUGAUUUGCACGUACACGAAGACGGGCUUCUGUCGUCUGUUUUAAUCAUUUUUACAUCAAAAGAGACGUUUAUGAACUUUAAUGGACUUGUGGACUUUAUUGCUUAACAGAAGUAUAGCCUACUGAAAUAUAGGCUAGGCUGAUUUUCAGCAUGGCGGAUUUAUUGGCAAGGUGGGUUGACAAAAGAUAAACAGGUUUUUUACAUUAAGAAAAGGGGGGAUAUAGCGCAUGUUAUCGGUCCUCUCUCUUGUAUUGAGAAUUCUGUAAGACUGUCGAACAGUUUAACUAACGUUAGGAUCAUUUAAAUGGAUAGAUGGCGCUAUGUUUGAUUUCCUACUCGCAGGAAGAAAAAAAAUCACCAGCUGUUUUCAUUCUUAACUUCAGGAUUCAAAUACAAACUCAAAUCUGUGCUGAACUUUAUAUACUACUCUCUACAAUUCAGGACCAAAACUCUUUAAGUUUCUGAAACUAUUGAGAAAUACUGUUAAGUUUUGUCAUGGUUGUUUCCUUUUCUGUGUUCUUCAGAUGCCAUUUUUAUAUGGAUGUAUUUAUAUAGGCCACUGGCCAAAUAGUUCGUCAUAUUUUUAUGUUCUUGUAAGUAGUACAUUCGCAUCUGUCUGUCUCCUUCUCCGAAGAAGGGCUAGAGUUUUAACCUUUGUUUUUUUAUAUUUAAAAAAUGUAGACUUUUGACACUUAAAGAGAGGAAACGUUUGAUUAUUUUCUCAGUGUAUUUUUGUACAAAUAUAUAUAAAUGGGGGGUGUCAUAGGUGUAAAUCUCUGUUUUGGAUUUCGUAAUUUGAAGAGACAGGUGGUCGGUGGUCUCUGAAUCGACCUCCUGUUUCAUGUUUACAGUCUCAAUCUGCAGGCGUCUUAAAGACACACACUCCAAAACCCAGUUCAAGCCAACAUGUGCUUCGUUUUUUUACAUUUUCUCUGAGCGUGCCGAAUUAAACCGAUUGUAGCUUUAACACGAGCGAUUUUCUUGGCGUUUUAUAUCUUGAGAAACCACUGGAUGGAAAAUCGUUACACAUUCAAAAUGGUCCAUUUGAGAUUCGCGACGAUGAUGUACUGCGUUCCUCGCUGUAUUUGAAUAUUUAAUCUUUUAUACUUGUCCAUACGUAGGCCUAUAGCUAAUUGUUUAGUAUCUUAAGGCAUGGUGAAUAGAUUUGUAUUUCCGAUUCAGGUUUUUAGCUGUUGUGUUUUAAAAAAGCAAGAAAAAAAAUCUUUGUACAGCUGUAUCAUAGGCAAAAAGAUUGUGUGUUUAUGUAUGUUUUGCGCUUAUCUCGACAGGCACUAGAAUGGCUAUCUUUAAACAUUCUUGCUUAGCUACUUCAUUUCAAGAUGGUUGUUAAGGAUUUUUAUACAUUGGAAAUAUAUUAACUUUAUUUUCACCCAUUCUGUGCAAUAUGCUGUGUAGAAAUCUUGUUUUGUCUUAUCAUGCCAUAAAUCUCAUGCCAGCUUAUUGUGUCAAGUCACUGCCUGACAGACUGUUCAUAAACUCCUGUACAGAACUUUUUCAUAAAGGAAAUAAACUCAGCUGGAACUGAACCCUAAACACUG